UGAGAGUGUUGCAAAAUAGCUGAUUGAGGAAGGAGCAAGACGGAUUGCAGUUUGGUGUUGUUUGGGAAUGUCGGACAGUGUGAUGGUGACAAACAAUGCGGUUUGAGUCAUUCUAGCUGCCUGGACUUCAUUGAUUGUAGGGAAAGAUCGAGAAACGUUCUUUCCUUUGCUAGAUCCCCAUCCGUGAUUGCCAUUGUCGGUCUCUGCUUUCCUGGACACAUUUUCACGUCCAACUGUCCCGCUGCCAAAACGUCACAUUACAUUAUUGUGUCUCUGUCUCUGUCUCUGUCUCUGUUUCACUUUUACACUAUAAGCUUCUUUGUCAUGUUCAGCAGACUUUUAUCAACUCUGCCAUAGCCUCAUCGUACACUUUUUACUUAGCCACUGCAGUCCAUCGUGGUGGCUGACUGGCGCCAUGGAGGCCACUCCGAUUCCAGAGGGCUCCAGCAAGGGCAUCAUGACCCUUCAUUAUAUCUAUCCAGCAGCCACACUCACCUAUUUUGGGAUUACUCUCCUUACGAGUAUAUGCAUGCUUCAUGGAUUCUCUUCUAAAGCGAGCCCGCGAGUUGUCAAGCGCGAUGUGGUCCUGAUAUUAAUGGUCGCUGUGACUGCUACCUACGUCGCAGAAGCAGUACUGCUUCUAGUUGCGGCUCUCAUUCAGAACAGCUGGACGAUCCCAAAAGACUUAAUGGUCUACCUCCUUGCAACAGUCUUUGUGUGGGGUACACAGGUCUUGGUUCUCUUGGAUUCCAAGCACCCAGUUUGGUACCCGUAUUUCGGCUCCUGGAUAAUUGCUCUGGUUGUUGAGGUAUCUCUUGUUGCACUGUUUGGGGCUUCAGAGCAAGUGUAUAAGUCCCUCAAAUAUGCCGAACUCGGUAUUCAAAUCUCUCGUCUGUGUCUCCUCAUUCUCUUGUUCCCUCUGUUUUUCUUUCUGAAAUACAGCUCUGCCGGAGCCAAGGGUACCGACGAGGAGAAUCAGGGCUUGCUCACGGGGCAGAAGCAGGGUCCAGACGGGAAGACACAGGACUCUAAAACCAAUGGCUAUGGCUCACUCGAGCAAUCACCUACGUCAGAAGAGGACGAUGGCGAGGACUCUGAACAAGAAGAAGCAGGGAAGGCGCGGAGUCGCAUCUCCGAACGGCUGAAGCGCGACGGCAACUGGUGGGCAUAUGCCAAGGAAUUUUCCGUCUUUUUUCCUUUUAUCUGGCCAGCAAAGUAUCCACGGUUGCAAUUUUGCAUGACCGUCGUGGGACUGUGUUUCCUGGCAGGGAGGGUAUUGAGCGUUCUUGUACCUCGCCAGCUUGGUAUUAUUACAGACGCUCUUACGAACGGCAAGGAUUCUGGAAAGAUACCAUGGAUGCAGGUCGCGGUUUAUAUUAUUCUGCAGUGGCUAGACUCCCGGUCUGGAGUAUACGCAUUGAAGGAUGUCCUUUGGUUGCCAGUGAGUCAGUACUCUCAGCGUCUGAUCAGCACGACUGCCUACAACAAAGUUAUGGCACUCUCAAGCGAUUUCCACAAUGAUAAGAAAUCCGGAGAGCUCUACAAGGCAAUUGAUCAAGGGCGCGGUGUCACGGAUCUUUUGGAGACGGUCUUCUUCCAGAUUCUUCCAAUGUUCGCUGACCUCGUAAUCGCAUGCGGAUACUUCUAUUAUCUUUUCGAUAUCUACAUGACACUGAUUGUAGCCUUUGUUAUUGUCUUAUACCUCUGGUCUACCGCGAGACUAAGUGCCCGGAUCAAUCGUAUUCGCAGAAGCCUCAUCAAGAAACUUAUCCAUGAGUGGGAAGUCAGACAUGAGUCGAUGGGAAAUUGGCAGACUGUGUCGUACUUUAACAGGAUACCCCAUGAGGAGAAUCGAUAUGCUCAGGCCGUCGAAGCCCACAAUCAUCAAAGCCGGCGCUAUUAUUAUGCGUCUUAUCUACAGACGGCAGUCCAGUCGUUGGUCUUAACUCUCGGCCUGCUUGCCGCCAGUUUCCUGGCUGUUUAUCAAGUCGUCCGCGGUUCAAAACCGGUUGGUAGCUACAUCACCCUUCUCACAUACUGGGCGAAGCUCUCAGGACCGCUCGCCUUCUUUUCUUCCGCCUUUCGAACCAUUAUCAACGACAUGCUUGACGCCGAACGCCUCCUGCAAGUUUUCAAAGCGGAACCAAGUGUGGCCGAUAAGCCUGACGCUGUCGCGCUUCAGCUUAAAAGCGGGAAAGUUGAAUUCGAUGAUGUCCAUUUUUCUUAUGAUCCCCGCAAAGAGAAUCUGAAAGGCAUCAGUUUUGUUGCGCAACCGGGGAAGACUGUGGCAUUUGUUGGGGAGACUGGAGGUGGAAAGUCUACAAUUCUGAAAUUGUUGUUUCGGUUUUAUGACGUGAAAAAUGGGAGUAUCAAGAUUGAUGGCCAAGAUCUGAGGGACGUUACCUUGUUCAGUCUCCGAGAUCAUAUUGGUGUCGUGCCUCAGGAUCCUUCUCUUUUUAAUCAAUCCAUCAUGGACAAUGUCCGUUAUUCCAGACUUGAUGCUUCGGAUCAGGAGGUUCACGAUGCUUGCAAAGCCGCAGCUAUACACGACAAGAUCAUGUCUUUUCCCGAUGGCUAUAGUUCGAAGGUUGGUGAAAGGGGCGUCAAGCUCUCUGGAGGCGAACUGCAACGUGUCGCAAUUGCUCGUGCAAUCUUGAGGAAUCCUCCUAUCGUCCUCUUGGAUGAGGCUACCAGCAUGGUCGAUAUUGAAACUGAGAUAUUGAUCCAAACGGCCUUUAAGCGUCUGACCGCUGAGCGCACCACUUUCAUUGUAGCUCACCGUUUGUCGACUGUAGUUAGCGCGGACCUAAUAAUCGUCAUCCACAACGGCGAGAUUAUGGAGAAAGGGAACCAUAAGCAAUUGCUCGAAGCAAAGGGCAGAUAUUACGACCUUUGGUCUAAACAGUUCUUCAGUGUACCCGAAGAAGAUAAGCAACCUGAAGCUGAAGGCGAUCCUGUGCAAUCCGAGACGAAAGCAGAUCAUCGAGGCAAUGAGGCUCAGGACGCUUCUGGGACAAAAGACGACCAGAGCAUGAUCAUAGCCGAACGCUCUGAAGAUACUCGCAAAGAGAAUGUGCCCCCUGGCAACACAAACGACCAAGUUCCAAAUGCAAAUGAUACUCUUGCCGGUAUGACCGACACUCCGAGGGCCAAACUCUGGAAGCCGGAAGCUCCUGAUUUUGUCCCUCAAUUUUUGAGAAAGUCUGACCAAUCUUCAGUUGACCAAUCUACCUCAAACAUUCACCAGAGUGACGGUCAUGAUAAAAGUCACCAAGUCCAAAGCGUGGAGGAUCACCAGCAAAAAUUGCCAGAAAGUGCGGCAACUGAACAAACUCCAACAAAGGAGAAGACAGCUGGCCAUAACGGCUUGACGGAUCGCACCAAUUUCUCUCAGAAUAAAACGGAAUCCAAGAAUACUCCGGCAGCAGCCUUUGGGGUUCUCUCUAACAAAGGCCAGGAAUCAGAUUCCGCAGCAAAUUCUCCGAAGCCGUCCAGCUCUAAGGAUACAUCUGAUCAGACUGUGGAUAAGACAAAGAAAGUUUCAAAGAACCCGCUUAAGAAAAAAGGCCGACAAGGUCAACCCUCGCGAGGAUCCGCACCCGUGAAUAGACCCGAAAGAGGGACGGCCGAGGACGUGCCGGGUGCCACUGAAACUCCCUCACAGGACUCUGGCAAUGGAAAACAAGAGACAGUUGAUGAUCGGACAGCGAAAAUUCGGGACGCUGAUCGGCAAGGGAAGCUGGCCUCCAAUCGGCGUGCUCUGUCCAAGAGUGAGCCAGUGAACAAUAAUGAAGUAAGCACAAGCAGUGAAGGGGAAGUUAAGCCAGCUGCAAGCCCACGUCGUGCUUCUCUUCCAGAAGCGUCCACUACUGUGAACGUCGCUGCAGCUUCUUCCGGAGUUGGACGGCGCCGGCGUGCUCGUAACAAUGCCAGACGCUUGAAGCUGAAAGUAAAUACUUCAAACAACACAAGUGCGCAAGGCGCCGGAGGCUCAUCUGCUACUUCAACUCAGCCUAACACGCCAAGAACUCCAACUGUAGUUGUUACUCCUCCGGAAAACGACCCAGAUCCAGCUGCCAGUGCCUAGAUGAUGGCGAUUCAUCGUUGUCAGCUCCAUUCUUAAUCUGAAAUUAGCAUUGGUGUCAACGUUGUGCGCCAUUAUUUCUUUUGUUGCUUUCUUAUGAGUAUAACUGCCAUUAUUUCUGGUCACUCAAAGCACAUAUGUUGCCCUGCUUUUAUCGCAUGUCUAUCCAAUUGCUUGUUAUUCGCGGAGGUUUGCUUUGUGCGUACAACAUUAUCAUGUAAUAUUUGCGUGCACGAUGAGCCGCAUUGCUACAUUGCGUCCCCUCACAAUCAAGGCGGCCGCGUCUUUUCACGAAGUCUAUGGUCUAGGCACUUGCGCCUAUUAGCAGUGAUGUAUUUUAUUGCUCACAAA